AUGGACAGGCCAGGAAGAAAGACAACCGUGGCUGUUGUCGGCCUCGGCGGAAUGGGCAUAGCGGCAGUCAAGAACCUGAUCGAAGAAGGGUUCGAGGUCACCGGCUUUGAUAGGAGCCCAUAUUACGGCGGCCUAUGGCACUUUACCGAGGACAAGCAAACGCUUAGUAUCCUUGAAUCUACGCAAGCGAACAUCCCCAUUGAGCGGAUGUGCUAUACGGACUUUCCUUUUCCCAAAGAUACACCAACACACUGUUCAGCAAAAGAGGUACAAGAGUACAUUGAGUCGUACGUUGAACACUUUCAGCUCGCGCCACAUUUCAGACUCAAUGCCAGCAUCACACACAUUUCGGAAAUUGAAGAGACGGGGAAGUGGAGGGUUGAUAUUGAAGGAGCUCCUUCGCAGUACUUUGAUAAGCUGGUCAUGGCUACUGGGCCGCAUGUCAAGGCGACGCCAUUCAGACUGGACGGCCAGGAUUUAUUUGCUGGUGAAGUGAUGCAUUCGCAACGGUACAAGAGAGCAUCUGACUAUGUUGGGAAAAGAGUCGUCGUUGCAGGCAUGGGCAACACCAGCGCCGAUAUUGCGAAUGACCUGGUAGGAGUUGCAUCGAAAGUCUACUUGUCGCACAGCCGAGGGGCGCACGUCCUACCCCGCGACCUCAACGGCGUGCCAGCGACCAGCGUUCUCACGCAUCGUCUCGUCCGUCUACAAGGCACUAUUGACUGGCUCUUCCCUCGACUGCGCGACUUUGUCAGCGGCCGCGUUCUACGAAGCAUCACCAAGGCGGUAUUUGGCGACCUCGACCCCACGUGGGGGCUCGAUGACGCGCCGCCGGCGACUGUCACUAACCCCAUCAUCAACGACGAGCUGAUACCCAACCUCCGCGCCGGUAAGCUCGCAUCUACGGCGAGCAUCAAACGCAUCACCGACGCCGACACGGUGGAGCUCGCCGACGGCAGCACCGUACACGCCGACGUCAUCAUCUGCUGCGUCGGCUACGAAAACAACUACAACAUGCUCGACCGGCGCGUCAACCCGAUGCGGCACACCGACGCCGCCUGGGCUGCCGCCCAGGGCUCGCGCGGCCGUCCUUUACCCCGACUCUACCAAAAUGUCUUUUCCCUGGACCGGCCCGACUCGUUGGCUUUCAUCGGCUGCGUGUGGUUCGCCACGGGCGCCUUUACCGUCGCCGACCUCGCGAGCAUGUGCAUCGCGCAGGUGUGGAGGGGUCGGUCGCGGCUCCCGCCGGCGCGGGACAUGGAGCGCUGGAUGGACGCGCAGGCGGACUACAUCACCGGCCUGGCGCGCCGGGCCACGAUUGUGCCGGCGACAGUCAACAUGCGCGCGUGGCUGGUCUGGGCCGACGAGACGGCGGGCAUGGGCGUCGAGCGACACGUUGGGCGCUGGUGCGGAUGGGCGUCGUGGGCGUUCUGGUGGCGCGAGCGACGCCUGUACCGGAUGAUUGACGCGGGCGUCUUCACGUCGGCCGUCUGGAGGCUGUUCCCGGGCGAGAAGCGCAAGGCCUGGGACGGCGCGAGGGCGGAGGUGCAGAGGCUGAAUGAAAAGCACGAGGCGAACCUGGAGCGGUACAAUAGGAGCCAUCGGUGA